CAUGAAUUCUCUGCACCCGAUAGCUAACUCUGUUUAGGACCGAACACGGUCCUCCUCAGCGCAUCAACCUGAGCCAACAGCACCGAAGGGCCUUACGCUUGCAGCACAACGUCCGCUUGGCUGUUGAGCGUGCACCUCUGUACUAGUAAGUCCUGAUUCUCGGCAUUGCUGGGAUUCUGCGUCAAGGGACGGUAGCCCUACAGACGUUAGGGUUGGGCUGUAGGUGUGGUGGCGACUCUUUGACGCAAUCCGUGGAUCAGUACUGAAGACUAUAUAACGUUUUUUUACAAAACGCGUAUAUAUUAAACUGCCUACGUUACGCGGCGGCAUCAAUUUAGGCGUCCAGCGCUGAAGCCUAGUCCAUUGAAAGCGAUGGCGUACGCUAACAGUCUCUUACAGUAACACAGCGAACUCCUCUUGACGGCUAUACGCACCCCAGCCUUCCGCAUCGAGGACAUCCCCACUCCCACAGCAGCCCCCCUGGCCCGCCGCCUCGCGUCCGCGCUGAUGCUUCCACUCCCAGGCGCCUUUCACAGCCCCGCUAUGGGCUGCAGCGGCGCCGUGGGCACCUCUGCUCGGCUUGCUUGCUCCGCAUCCACCCCGCGCUGCCUCCAUCACUCCGCAGCAUCAGCAAGGCCGCUGGCGCAAGCCCCCUCCUUCUGCUCAGCCCCGCAGCCUCCCGCCAUGCUACAAGGACUACUCCACUUCCGCCUCAGCUGCCCCGCCAUCCGCCCCGCCACCGCAGCCGCGCGCCUGCACGCCGCCUCCUCAGUCCGCACCUGUGCCCUCGGCCGGGCCGCAGCCUGCCUGUCCCCCUCCACCCCCUCCCCACUCACCUCCCCCCUAGGAAGCGGCCCCUCCAUGCCAUGCGGGUUAGCGCCCGGCUCCCUGGCCCCGGUGGCCUACCUGGGCGCCAGCGGCCCCUGCGGACCUCCGCCCCUGCCCCUGCCGCUAGGACCCGUGCCUGUGCUGGCGGCUGCUGCUGCUGCAUGUCCGCAUGCGCUGGCGGGGCGCCCGCCGCAGCGGCACCUGGCCACGCACGCCAAGCGCUCCUCCGCAUCUGACGGCGACGGCGCCUCGCCGCCGCCGCCGCCCACCUCCGCAUCUCCAUCUAAGAAGGACCAGGCGUCGCCCCAGGAGCUGCAGGGAUCACCUGCGCCAUCCUCAUCGUCAUCCUCGGCAGCAGCAGCAGGGGGAGCAGCGGCACCAGCAGCUGCAGCAGCGGGCUCCCUCUACUCGCCGCUGCACCACAACAUCGAGGAGUUCUGUUCGCGGGUGGUGCUGACGGAGGGGGAGAAGCGGGCGCGCAUGGAGGUCAUCGAGGGCAUUCGUGCGGGUGUGCGCAAGGUAUGGCCGGGCGCCCGGCGCGUGGAGCUGCAGGUGUUCGGCUCCUUCGCCAACGGGCUGUCCACUUGGGGCAGCGACGUGGACCUGGUGGUCACGGGCAUCAGCGAGCCGGACAAGGUCACGGGGGGCUACGAGCCCAACGACCGCGCGCGCAUCACCUCCCGGCUGCGCAAGCUGAGCGAGGCGCUGCACCGCGGCAAGCAGCUGGACAUUACCCGGCAGCAGCUCAUUCCGCGGGCCAGGAUACCCAUCCUCAAGCUGUGGACCCGCAACCACGUGUGUGUUGACAUCAGUGUGAGUGACGACAGCGGCCCCCGUGCUGCCCGGUACAUGGUGCAGCAGUGCCGGGCCUUCCCGCCGCUGAAACCGCUGGUUCUGGUUCUGAAGGCCUACCUGAAGGCGUGCAAGCUGAACGAGGUGAACACGGGCGGCCUGUCCAGCUACAGCCUCACAAACAUGGUCAUUGCGCACCUGCAGGAGGAGCUCAAGUCCGGCCACGACAUCAGCGACCUGGGCGAGACGCUGUACACCUUCCUGCUGAGAUACGGGGAGGACCACGACUACAGCAGCAUGGCGGUAUCGGUGGCCAGCGGCGGUAUCGUGCCCAAGAGCUCUCUGGGUUUCGCCAUGGAGUCGGCGCGGCAGGCGGCGCUGGCCAUGGGCGCAUACGACGGGGCGGUCAGCUGGAACGAGCGACUGUGCGUGGACUGCCCGCUUACCGGUCGUGACGUCAGCACCGGCACCUUCCGCAUCGACCUGGUGAGGGGCGCAUUCGAGCAGGCGGCUCGCAAGCUGGAGGCGCUGGCGCGGGGGCGCAGGAUAACCGACACCUCGCUCAACUACCUGCAGGCGCUGUUCGACGUGAACCGCGUGCUCAAGCGCUCGCACCCUGACCCCAACGAGCCGUACGAGGAUGACUACCUGCGGGUCAUUGCAGGCCGGGGAAGAGCGGCGGACGCGGAGGAGGAGGAGGGUGAGGAGCUGCUUCCGGGUUCCGACGACCUGCUGGAUGGCGAGGGCGAGGGUGAGGACGACAUCGCCGGGGAUUACCUGGAGCGCAGCCCCACUGCCGCGGCUGCAACAGCAGCAGCGGCGGGGGGGAGCAGCAAAGGGCGGCAGCAGCGGGGGAGAUGAGGGGGCGAGGGGGUCGGUGGUGGUGGUGAGGAUAAUAAGGAGGAGGAGGAGGAAGAAGAGGAGGAGGAGGAGGAGGAGGACGGACCGGGCACAGCAGUGGCGUGCGGUGCAGCAGUAGCGGCGUGCGGUGCAGACCGGUGGGUGGCGGAGAUGGUGGCGAGGGAGAUGAUGACAGGGGCGCAGGAGGAGUGGCGUCAACAGGUGGUGAAGGGUGGUUUGCGGGGGCACAGGGAAGUAGGUGGUGCAGUGCGCUGUCUGUGCUGCAGGUGCGGUAGGUUUUAUACGCACGGGCGAGGCGCGUUGCGCCUGGGUGUGUGUUAUAGUUCCCGGCCCUUAUUAGGAGCAGGAGGGGCUUCUGAGAAGAAAGAAGAAACACGUGGUAUUUGCAGUCCGAAUACGGUUUACGGUACUUGCUGUUGGUACUUGCUGCUGCGCCAGCUGCUUCCGGAUCCCUUCACAGCAAGCAGGAAAGUGUGUCAGAUGGCGAUGAUGUUGUGAAAGGGUAUGGGAGGAGCAUGGGACAUGGUGAGAACGGUGUGCCUCGUGGCAACAAGGGUGCAGUUUCCCGGUAAGUCUGUCGUACUUUGGCAAGUCUCUUUACAUGCGGGCACUCAACCUGGAGUCAGGAGGGGUACAGAGAACCCUAGCUAUAACUGAGGGCAAACGAAUAGGGACAGGGUGCGGCAGGGGACGUUGGUUGCGCGGCAGGGGACGUUGGUUGCGGCUGGGGACGUUACUCGCAGGCUGUAGCACGGUGGAGCGCCGUUUCGCUGAGGAUUGCUUGGGUGCGUUGUGGCAGCUGUCCAGAUAUUGUUAGAAGCCGCAGUGUUAUUGCGGCCCUCAGAGUGGAUACUGUAGAACUGGAUACUGGGCGUUGCGCUGGUUAUCGUAGGUUUCCUUUGCUCGCCAACUUAAGGAGUUAUGAUAACUACCUGCAUCUCCCGGAGACUAAUGGGAAGCUGUUUAGCGGCAAUUCAAGCUCUUCCACCGUCCCCUUGACCAUGCUGGCGACCAGGUUACUAAGCGACCCGCAGGUUUUGGGCGACCAGAUUCACUUUAGUGGCUUAAACGGUGAUAUGAGAUAAGCGAAGCCUAAGCCAGACGACAUCACUAGGCGCUGGCGCGGAUACUGUGGGCAAACGGAAG